GAGUAGCCCUAGAGACGACACGCGGCGACGUCACCCAACGUGAUCGGAAGGGGCCCACAGUCAGCUGAGCAACAACAACGUCCGCAGCUCCGACGGUCAAAGAUGGCUUACCCUAAAUCCCACAACCCGUUUGCAGAUGAGGACGAUGAGGAAGACUUUAAGCCUAAGAGCAGGGGUUUCAGUGACGACCCCAGAGACAGUGGGAUGAGUGAAGCAGAGAGGAGACAGCAGUACCUCCAGCAGGAAGUGAUGCGUACAGCUCAGUCUGCUGUGGACAGCAGUUACCGCUCACUUGGCCUCAUCUAUGAAUCAGAGAAGAUGGGUGUGGAAACUGCAGAGGAACUGAUGCGACAGGGUGAGGUUCUGAAGAGGACAGACAAGAUGUUGGACAACAUGGAUCAGGACCUGAAGACCAGCCAGAAGCACAUUAACAGUAUAAAAAGUGUGUGGGGCGGCCUUGUUAAUUACUUCAAGGGCAAGCCAGAGACAAAGCCACCACCUGAGCAGCCUAGGGCCUACCAGGCCAGUGACAGGUUACAGAAUGCCUUGUCCAGCAGCAGAGAACAUGAAGAUAAGUACCAAGCCAGCCAUCCGAACCUAAGAAAGCUUAAUACGGAAGGAUUUGGAGCUGCUGCUUCAAUAGAUGACAGCUCAUCUAGACAGAACGGGUACCCCCAGAAUAGACACCUUAAGGAGGCUCACCAGACCCUUGACAAAAAUUUAGAUGAGAUGUCCGAUGGCUUGAGAAGACUAAAGAACCUUGGACUUGGUCUCCAGUCCGAGAUUGAGGAUCAGGACGACUCCAUUGAUUCUCUGUUGAAUAAAGUGGACAAGAUGGAUGUCAAGAUCCACCGCACAAACCAACAGAUUAAAAAUCUCAAAUAAAACAAACACUUGGACUCAUUUCACAGAGACAAAGACUAGUCAACAUCCUCUCACUUGGUUUCCAUCCUGGCCUUUGUCGAAUACACCUGUUCUUUGAUUUAGUCUUUUUUUAUGUGUUGGAAAAUGUAACUCUAGCAGAUAAGCAAGUGAAUACAUUUUUAUUCACAUUAUUUUCUUCUUGAGUUAAUUUGCCAUUUCUGUUUCAGAUUUGUCCAGAGAUUGCCUUCUUCCUCCCUCCACAGACUUUUAUACUGACACGUUGUAUUGAAUUUUGUCCUGCCCACACUUGAACAUGCCUCUUAGAGUUUUCUCACCUUAAAAUGUGAUUAAUUUACUUGUGUGUAUUGGAUGCAAGGGACUGUCUCUGUCCAGGCAACAUCUCUUUGUUUUCUCCAUCAGGCUCGACUGCACUUCUGUCUGAAUGCAGUCUGAGUAGGCUGAAUUUGCAUUGGAUGGGUGAUUAGAAUAUCAGUUUGACCAGUUUUUCUCUCGUUCACCAAAGACGUACUGCUGCUAAUUCAUUCAGGCGAAGCAGAUGAAUGGUUUGAGAAAUUAAGAGCAUUCUAAAUUAAUUAUUAAUUCAGAAAACAGGCAAGAACACAACAUAUAUCUAAAACUAGAAUGUUUUGUGUGUAUGAUUCAUUUCCUAGACCUGCCUCCACAUUUGUGAAAAAAGGCUUUGCUAGUCUUGCUCAAGUCACUUUUGCCUUACAUGUAAUAUGUAUGUAUGGAAGACUAGCUUUUGGUUCUGGGCCAUGAUUCUGUCUCCACUGGUAAAUCUCAUCAUAAUGCUUCAUUUUUUUAAAAAAUACUUCAGUAUGAAUUAAAAAUGUGUUUUGUUUGAAGUAUGUGCAUGUCCCUCAGUGCUUUUCGUAGCUUUAUAUAAAUUUGUUUAGAUUGAUAUAUACCAUGUUGAAUGCUGAAGAAUGUGAUGGAAGGAGUACUGCAUAAAUAAUGUGAACAAGUUAGCUGUGAAUAUAAAAACUCUAGAUACUGAAGGAAUAUCCCCAAUAUUCAUAUAAUCACAAAUCUUCCCACAAUGUCAUUACAUGUAUGUUUUUCAGAAAUUAAAACACAAGGUUAUAUUGAUAAAACUAUAAAGAAUAAGAAAAUAAAUGAGGAUUCGUGUUCA